CUGCGCGUCUGGUAAAGCGCACAUCGCAGGCGCGCGGUAAAUGGUCUGGCACCAGAGAUAACAUGUUCCAGUGAGCAUCAGAGCUCAUGCAGUCGGCUUUCAUUAUAUUUGACAUCUCCCUAUUUUGAAUCACAGCAUCUCAGUCGGGAGAGGGGGGGGGAGGGGGGGAGUCCACGGAUGCACUCAAGGAGAGGAUACGUACACUUUUGGAGAGUUUGGAGACCCGACGCCUGCCGGAGAGCGCCAAGUGCGCGCGUCACUCAACAGCGAGACCGAGGCGACUGUUAAGAGGAGCUUAAGAUGAACGACACGGCCAUUUUUUGCCAGAAAAACCAAACAGAGAACUCGUCCGACACGUCAUGUCUGAAUUCACACCCGUCGUCCUACAACCCCAUCGACAUGACCACGUUCAUGCACAUAUUGCCUUCGAUCUAUGGCAUCCUGUGUGCGGUGGGGGUGAUAGCCAACGGACUGGUCAUCUACGCGGUGAAAGCGUGCAAGAAGAAAAUGGUGUCAGAUAUCUACGUGCUGAACUUGGCCAUAGCCGACAUGCUGUUCUUGCUUGUGAUGCCCUUCAACAUUCACCAGCUGGUCAGAGACAGGCAGUGGGUCUUCGGAAACUUUAUGUGCAAAGCCGUGGUGGUGGUGGAUGUCAGCAACCAGUUCACCACAGUGGGAAUUGUGACUGUGUUGUGCAUUGAUCGGUACAUAGCUAUUGUUCACCCCACCGCAGAGAGGAGGACCAUCCAGUGGACCAUCAUCAUCAACAUGCUGGUGUGGCUGGGCAGCUUCGUCCUCACGGUCCCCGUCAUGCUGUACGCCAAGGUUGUGCGCAGACAACAUUUGAAGGUGUGCAUGAUGAACCUGGACGGGCCCGAGGACAUGUACUGGUACACACUCUACCAGUCCAUCCUGGGCUUCAUCAUCCCCCUCAUCAUCAUCAGCACCUUCUACUCCCUCACCCUCUACCACGUCUUCAGCUCCAUCCGCCGCGUCAAACGGAAGCAGUCCGUCUGGGCUAAAAGAGCCACCAAGAUGGUCCUGAUGGUCAUCGCCCUGUUCCUGAUCUGCUGGUCGCCCUACCACGUCAUCCAGGUGGUCAACCUGAGCAAUAACUCGCCGACCAUUGCGUUCGUCUACGCCUACAACAUCAGCAUCUGCCUCAGCUACUCCCACAGCUGCAUCAACCCGCUGAUGCUGCUCAUUUUCGCCCAGAAUUACCGCGAGCGCCUCUGCUCCAAGAACGCACAGUACAGCUCCCAGCACUCGUCCAGGGUCACCGUGGUCAAGGCGGAUGGGCCCAGUGUGACCAGUGACCCCAACUAUCGCUGUACUGUCAUCUAAUCAAAGACACGUCUCGCGUUCCAUGUAAACCGUUUCAGCCGCUCGGCCCCGAUGAGGAAGUAGUCGGAUGAGCGGUGUCACCUUUUGUGUCAUUUGCUUCAGUUUUUUCAACACACAAAUAGUUUGAUAAUUGACACCAUAGGAAAAUGUGGCCGUGAGGCUCGAGCAGAAACGUCAGUAACGUUAAGGGAAACGUCCAAAGUUCACUCGGUGUUACAUAUAACCAUUCCCAUUGAAGCAGAUCUUUAUAUUUCUUUACUUAUCCUUGAAGGAUGAACAUGUCGCACAUCUGACUCGCGGUAAAUAAUAAUUACACACAACGCCUUGUUACUUUUGUUGAUAUUAUUAUUAUUCACGAUGAUUUGGGUUUAUCAAACCAGUGCUUUCCACUCAUUUGUUGUUACAACAACUGGAUUUUGUUAUUAUUUAUUUAUUUAUUUGUAUUCAUUAUUUUUCUUAAUUUGUUCUUUUCCUACAACAAGGCACACGCAAGGUAUCACCAACACACGUAGUCUUAUUCCCAUACGGAUUCAUCCCUGUGCUGUUGUUAACAACUCUGGAUAAGCUGGGGGGGGGUGGCAAAAUGUAACGCACGGGUUAUAACGCAAUGUAAGUCGCUUUGGAUAAAAGCUUCAGUUAAAUGACGUGUAAUGGAUAAAAGUCAAUUUGCAUGUUAUACAGUUUUCCUUCUUUCCUACAGUAAUCUUCUGUUUUCAGAAUCAAUAAACCAAAUGUGUUUCACGAAGAAAUAUUUUAACAAUAAAGUCGCAAAAAAUUCAACCUUUGCAAGGACACAAGCAAGUUGCGUCCAAUAGUUCCAGGAUUGCUCGCAUUGGUGUCUAAUAAAAAUCAACGGUAUCCCUGGAGACAACAAAUUCCAAGGUUUCUAACGCACAAUGCAACGGUCAGCAGGAAACAAUACAAGUUUGACAAUUUACGAUCCGACUAAAAUACUUCUAUGUUGGUAUUUCAACAAUGUUGUUUUUGACGAAAGCAGACUUAAUAACUUCAAUUAUAAAAGUGAGUGCCAGACCUCCGCUGCACUUCAAGCAAAGUCUUGCUGUUAUUAUUAGUUGUAAAUACAGCCACAUGAUGAUGACGGACUUGAUAACAUUCUGAUUCCCAGAUCCAGAGGAAUCCAGUGAUGCAUUAUUUGCAUUCUCCAUUUAUCAGUCUUACUGCAUGCAACGCUUUUCUGAAAAAGUAAAUGUAAAUUGUUAUUUCUGUUUAUCAUUAUAAUAAUGUUUAUAUUAUUAGAGAAAUAAAUAGUGUUUUGAUGUAAAUCUCCCAGUCAACAUGUUGUAAACAUGCCCUGAAACACUAGUCUUUAUAAAAGAAUUAUCAUUUUUUGGGGGGGGGGUUCAUAGUAAACCACAAGGACCUUUCAGACCUCUGUCUAUUUCUAUGUAUUUUAUGUAUCCACCUCUGUUUUUGCUUUAGUGUCCCUUUGCACCUAAGCACGCUAAGCACUGUGCUCAACAGUAGACCUAAGGUAAACCCCCAGAUGUACUGUUGGGUGAAACGCUGGAGAGGGAAUAUCAGUAGUGACCUUUAAAGAUGAGGAGAGUCACUGAGAAGGGACUGGGUGAAGUUUUCUCCUCUCGGACUACGAGCGUUGAAUCACCGUUACACCCAGUGUGUAAUCCUGAACACCAACAAAACGGGAGUGCAGCUUGUGGGAUCCGUCACUGACAACAAACAACCACUCUUAUAAUUAUUCAAGGCUCAGGAGGAUAUCGAAUUUGGCUUCAAAGAGGGAAGAGUUGCUUAAAGGAAAGUUUGAUCUCCGCACGUUAUGACGUUUUCAAUCGGAUAACUUUCUGAUGAGGAUCUGUUAACGCCUAUGAACUGUAAUCCGUUAGGGUUUGGUUAAUGGUCCAUAAAAUGUACUAGUACUUGACCACUAAAACGCAGUUAGAAAUUUCAGGUUUCAAAAAAAGAUUUUAGCCGGUCCUGUCUGUUUUGUAGGAAUGUGUGAAUAUUGUCAUCUCUCAAAAUACUCAAGGCUUCUCACUUUCUAUUUAAACAUGAAUAGGUUGUUUAAUAUAUAGAAUUAAGCCGCCCAAAAUGUGUGCCAUUAGUUAAAACCAAUGCACCCAUUAAACACUGUACCCCGAUUCAUUAUAAUUCAACCGUUUGAUAGACGAACUGAAGAAAAGGCCCUGUAGGGUUGGGUUUGUUGUCGUCGUUAGACACGGAGAAACACUGGUACCUCAGAGAAGGCAGAAUCAAAGUAUGUUGUUGCGUUUGUUUUUAGACUCUUAGAGCCCAUUUGUGUUUGUUAGAGCUGCAUGCAGGCGGUGACUGCUUUACAUAUUUCAGGGUCAAAGACCGCACCACGGACAGGUAUGAAUAUCAUUUCAUUUUGCCUGUAUAUUUGCAUAAUGAACAGGAAAUGCCAUUUUGAUUUUCUUUUAUCCUCAGAGUUAUUGUAGCUAAUGGCAGUGGAGCACUUGAUGUUAGAAAAACUGUGUGUCGUGUUGAAAAAUCCAGUGCGAUGUGUUUGUGUGUGUUUCCUGGCUGAGCGCAGAGAUUGUAGGCAUUGUUUUUACUUUGAUCUCGGCUGACGCAGCAGCUGGGAAAAGCUGCAAACUGUAUAGAAAUGAGUUGGUGUUCAUGUCAUAAUAUGCAGACUGUUGGUAAUUGCAAUUUCUGCAGUAUGCAUACUUUUUACGUGUUGCUGUUAUGAAUAUGCACUGUAUUUGGUGGAAGUUUUAUGUAAUUACGGCACAUUUCUCCGUGAAUGCUGCUCACGUUUUAAAUUUGUACACGUUUUCUUAGUUUGGAGUACAUAAAGCCUUCUGGGCCACUAUAGAUGAUCCCUGAUGACGUCAUCUUAUCAGAAAACAGAUUUUAAAUUUGUGCUCCCGUGGUUCAAUCCGGCCUGGUUGACUUUGAUGUCUUGGUGUCUGCUGUUGUGAAGUAGUUUUGUGAAAACUGGUUACUGUAUCCACUGGCCAAUAAAAUCCUCCAAAGCUUA